UCCAAAAUCCAACUGGCAACUAUGGCUAAAGCGCACUCCGAUAUCCAAUUGAGUAAACAGCUCUCCUGGUUGCUGCGUCAUGGCGCACAGAAGGAGGGACUCACAAUACAGCCAGAUGGAUAUGUGAGCGUUGCGGAGAUUUUACAGCAUCCGCGCUAUGGCGCUCACUACAGCAUAGAAAAGUUGCGGGAAAUCGUGGCUGCCGAUGCGAAGCAGCGUUACAGAAUGCGUUGCAAUCCCCUAACCGGAGCCGAGGAGAUACGCGCCAAUCAGGGCCAUUCGCUGGCAGCUGUGCAGGCUGAGGCAUGCCUGGAGCGCAUAAGCAGCAUUUCCGAGCUAGCCGAGGUGCAUGUGGUGCAUGGCACCUACUAUAAGAACUGGGAACAGAUCAAGACGGAGGGCCUGCGUCGUAUGCAACGGAAUCAUGUGCACUUUGCCGUGCUAAGCGAUCAGAGGGAUGCGAUAGUGAGUGGCUUUCGCGGCGAUUGCCAGGUGCUCAUCCAUUUGAAUGUGGCCAAAGUGCUCGAAGAUCAGCUGCAGCUGUUCCGCUCCAGCAACAAUGUAAUACUCUGCGCCGGCAUCGAUGGCUGCAUAAGUCCGCGGUAUUUCGAGCGCGUCAUUGAUAGACGCACGGGCAAGUCCUUGACAUGAUCCAAACCGAUUUUGGUUGGAUAUAGCAGUGUAUAUCGUAUGUGCUGUGCCUUAGACUUUAGUUUAAAUGUGCCCU